AUGAACUGGAUAUCUGAGGCCCGCAAAAAAGGGAUGGUUGAAAAAAGGGAACGACGCGAAAAAGCGAUGACACAGUAUCCCGACCUGGACUGGGAUGUAAUUGGAAGGAUUAGCCAGCUCGGAAUAAUACGAAAUUUGUUGAACAAGAAGAGCGACGCUGAUGAUCGAGAAAAUGUGGAGGCUGUUAUCAAAGCAUAUAAAGAGCAGACUUUAAAGUGGCACCCACACCUGGUGACCUACUGGGCGAAUGGGGAGCAGAUAUGUAAACCGCGACCUUUUGAUUGGGAUGAGUUUGAUCUUAUUCACGACCAUUAUAAUGGGCAUAUCGCUUUUUGGAUUGAACCAAUGGAUCUCCAUCUGAGACUAGACUCGAAUCAUCCGCCCAUGAAAUUUGAAUUUGUUGACGACACUGGUGCUGAAAUGAUGUCUAUUUUCGAGGACGAUGUAAACAAUCUACGUCUAUGGUCUCGGAGACAAGGCCAGAGGGGUCUCCCCCAAGGGCCACGUAAUUGUGGUUAUGUAGUUGCGCGCCAUGCUGAUGGAUCAUCAGAAAGUGUUCCAGUCGUAGCCAUCAGGCCUAAUAUUCUGGCUGGUGAUCCGCCUCGAUGGCUUGUGGGGGCCGCAUUUCCAAGGGAGUGGCCCAGGGUCCCAUGUAUAGUCAGACCAGCAAGUCAGCGACAACGCGGUGCUAGUAGACUUCUUGGUCCAUGA